UAACCCUUGCUAUGCUCCUAUUCUAUAAAAACUGUUGUACUCUCUUUGUCGGGGGGAUUAUCUGUGAUUGAUACGAGGACCUCCUGGCCGUGAUUAAAGCAUAUUCAAAGGCAUUGUCUGGAGUCUGUCUGGUUACUGCUGCAGCAGGAGCUGAAAAUGGCAACCAAAUACCUGAUGCUUAUUGCCUUGGGGACUGCAGUGAUUGGCAGUGCGCACUGUUGCCCUCAGCAGUGUGCCUGCUCUGAUAAAUAUAACCACCAGUUUGCAGAUUGUGCCUACAAAGACCUUCUGGAAGUGCCCGUGGGCUUGCCGUCCAAUGUGACCACCGUGAGUCUUUCAGCUAACAAGAUUAAAGUGCUGAAAUCCAAAACCUUUAUAAAUGUGAUCCAGGUGACCUCUCUUUGGCUGGCUCACAAUGAAAUUGUCACCGUCGAGAGGGACACCUUGGCUCCGAUGAUUCAGCUGAGAAAUUUGGAUAUUAGCUACAACAAAAUUGUGCAUUUUCCAUGGGAGGACUUGACUAAUCUCACUGCCCUGCAGAUGUUAAAGAUGAACAAUAAUGAGAUGGUCAGUAUCCCCAAGAACGCUUUUUCCAACCUGAAGGACCUGCGUUCGGUCCGUAUUAACAAUAACAAGUUUACCACCAUCGUGCAGGGAACGUUUGACGCUUUGACUGCCCUGUCCCACCUCCAAAUCUUCCACAACCCCUUCACCUGCUCCUGCAAGCUUGAGUGGCUUAGGGACUGGAUUAUCAAAUCCUAUAUCUCAAUCCCUGACCAAAACAACAUUGUCUGUGAUGCUCCUUCCCUCCUUAAAGGUACACAAGUCACUAGCAUGCCCAAACUUGAUUGCAAGGCCCCAUCCAUGUCCAUCACAAAUCAGAGAAACAUCCUUCCACCCAAAACACAUCUCAUUAUGGUGGAUAAAGAGCAAGUGGAAGAAGGGAACAAUAAUUUGCCAUUUAUUGGCAAAUGCGAAAUAAAUGAUGGUACACAGUACAUCUCCAACCAUGCUUUCAACCUCAGCUUGAAUAGACCCAAACAGAACACGUUUCAUUUCGGGGUGAUGGCUCUGGAAGUUUCAGAGACUGAGGCCAAAGUUCAGCUGAACCCUUUCCAGAUGGCUAACGCAAAGUCAAACAUUCACCUCAGUCAACAAGAAGACCUCCAAACUGUGAAUAAGGAGCCGUCCACCAAAAAGUCAGCCCUGGACAUGUUGUACCUUUGCGUCAGUAUUGGCAAUGGAUAUUCAGUGUUGCAGUGGUCCAAAAUAGAGGAGGGUGUUAAAACCUAUCGCUUCCAGGGCCUCAAGCCAGGCACUAAUUACAGCCUGUGCCUCACCUAUGAAAGCCAGGACUGUGAAGUCCAAGUGGUCUUUAGUGCCCCACUUAAAUGGGACAGCUUUAGUCCAAGUGUUGUGGUUAUUGUGCUUUAACUACAAACACCUCAGUAAAACUACAGUUACGAUGGGAGAAGUAUGGUAUUAUGUUGUGGUUACUGUUCAUUAACUACACAUGACAUGGUCGAGCACUUACUAUGGUAAAUAUGGUAAAUGUGUGGACUUUUUACAUGAUCCCUUUCCCACCAUAGGCAAAUUUCAAAUCGAAUAUCACUAUGAAAACUAACUUUAUAGUGCCACCGUGUCAACAAGCUUGCCCACCCCCACCUCUUAAAAUGUUAAUUUUUCAAUUGCUAAUUUCUCAGAACACGUCCAAAUAUAUAAUCUUUGAUCAUAUUCUGAAUUUGGAAGUCAUAAUGCAGCCAAAGAUGAUGACCAACGCAAUUAAAGAACCAUUCAUGAGCGACCUAUCACGGUCACAGAGACUGUUUCACCACAGAGAUACCCGAGAAAAGAUACAGGUAAAAGAAAAUACAUGUAUCUAAUUUCAUUCAUGUUCACGUAUAGUGAAAAAUAAUACUAAUCUAUACAAUUGUCCAGUGUUGCUUAUACAGUAGGUCUAGAUGUUUGUUUUUAAGCAACAUAACAAUCAUGACUAUGCAAACUUUGCAAAGAUUCCGCUAUCAGAGAACAGAUGUAGGCUACAAAAUAACAUGUAAAAUAAAUGGUUUAGUUUUGCUUUUUAUAAAUUGGGCAUGCAUGAUAAUAUUACAGAUAAAUAAUUUUUCUUCAGUUGAUUUGCGUUAGGCCCAUCUGUAAGACUAUGCAGAAGAUUUUUUUUUGUUAUCAAUUUGUUGUGUGUUAUAGUUUACAGAUGCAGAAAACUGCCUAGAUAUUGAACGUGUGUUAUGUUAUCACUGCUCAUUAUCACACGACAAUACAAGAUCACUUGUCAAAUAAUUAAACGAACUUGAAAUCAUUUUAGUUCACAUGUAGAGAUUGCAGAGUGAUAGGAUACAUGACCCAGUAAAAAUGACUUCAAUAAUCCUGAAAAUAUUAAAGGGUUAAGGUUAAAAUUCUGUCAUCAUUUAAUCACCCUCAUGUUGUUCCAAACCUGUAUUAGUUUCUUUUUUCUGAACAUAAAAGUAGAUGUUUUGAAGAAUGUUAGUAACUAAACUGUUUCAGUGCCCAUUGACUUCCGUAGUAUGGAUGAAAAAACAAACAAUGAGAAAUUUCUUAAAAUAUCUUCUUUUAUGUUCAACAGAAGAAAGUCAUAUUUGGAACGACAUGAGGGUGAGUAAAUUAUGACAGAAUUUUUAUUUUUAGGUGAACUAAACCUUUAAGAUAAGUGUGCCCCCUAAAAUCACAAGUGGUCUAGAACCGCCACUGAUUGCACGCUUUGGUGUGAUACUGGGUUGCGAAACAAAACUAGAUAAGAAAACUAGAUAAGUAAUCAAGAAAUCCAGAUUUUCUUUUACCUAGUAACAAAAGGGUUUGCUGAAUUAUACAUGUGAAGAAAGAAUCAUAUUGUAGAAAAAUGAUGUAAUGAAUUGGCAUCUUUGCCAUGCUCCUAUUCUAUAAAAACUGUUGUACUCUCUUUGUUGGGGGAUUAUCUGCGAUCAAUACGAGGUCCUCCUGGCCGUGAUUCGAAGGCAUUGGAGUCUGUCUGGUUACUGCUGUGCAGCAGGUUAGUGGAACACAAAAGAUCUUAAUCCCAAGUGAUAAUGUUAACAGGGGGCGAGACGUCGUCCGACUUGAAGCAAGUUGUCGCCAGUAGAUGCGCUAGAGUUUGUAAGUGUCAGGUUAGGAGACGCUACACUUAGUUUAACUUAACCCUUAUACGGUCCUCAUUUCCCCUUUACACUCAGACUCCAGGGUAGCGAUGGCGCCGGGCUUGGGCCCGUCAUCGCUGCUUACAGCUAUAUUUCAUAUUAAUUUAGUUAAUUUAGUCAACAGUUUUUGUGUGUAAAUUGAAUAUUUGUUGUAUAAAGUUUGCAUGUUUUUUUUAAAACAUUUUUGAACUUUAUAUGUUUAUUUAAAUGAUUGUUUUAGCUAAUAUGUUAUUAAUUAAAUGUCUUAUUGGUUUUCAUGUAGAGAAAUGCAUGUUUCACUUGUCUCAAUUCUUGUUCAAGGAUUUAUAUUAAAUGUUUAUUUUGAAUUUCA